UCUAAUUGGGGAAUCAAGGUGAAGGAAUGCAAACAUCUCCUCUUCUUCUGCUGCUGCUGCGCCCGCGUAUACGAGAGCGCGCUCCUUCGCUGUGAUCGGUAUAGCCCACAACAUCAGCAUCUUCCGUGGGGCGCGCAGGGAAGCUGGAGGAGGAGGACGGAGAGAGAGAGAGGGAGAGAGAGAGAGAGCGAGAGAGAGACACUGGGUAAAGGCUACGAGAAGAACCGUGAUGAUAAUGGAGUCGAGGCGGUGGAGGAUGUCGGAUUCACGAGAAAGGACUGUUGUAAUCUGACGGAGGGCUUUGUCUUGAAACAUUUUCUCGUUUUUUUCUUUUUUUUUUUAAGGUUUCAUUGUGUUUGUUUGUUAUUUUGUGAGGGGGGCUUUUCACGCUGCGUGGACACUGAGGGCGAGCAGAGAGGGAAUAAUAAGGGAGCUCCCCCUGCACGGAUGCCUCGGAAGGUAGAAACGGGCUCCACCGCUGGCGCUACAGGCAACAAAAACGCAAAAACAUCCCAGCUCUCGGGUGUUAAUAAAGGAAAUCCCGAAGAAAAGCUGUGCACUGAUGGAUGAGGAUGAACACGGCGUCAGCCUACACAAACCGUCGACUGUGAAAUAAAGAAAAUACAAUUUUUUGAUGGAUUCUUCUUUCGAUUUUUUUUAAUCAUUCAUGGUGUAGCCCCGAGGAAACGAGCCUUGCAAUGUUGAAUCACUGGUCUUGGUAAAUUAUUCAUCACUGGUGUAGGUAGACUAUGAUUUUGUAUUGCUUCAAUGUAGCAUUCACCCACUGUCAUUCUUUUUUUUUUAAAUAAUGAUUAAUCCUUUUUUUUAACCUAUAUAUGGUUAAAUAUAGGCCCUUUAUUAGCCUUUAAUAAACAGCCAACGCAGAUGAAUAUUGGCGCAGGAAGAUAGAGAAGGAUAAAAAUACAAGAUCUGAUUGUGAGGUUUUUUAAAUAUUCACGUUUUUUUUUUUUUCUUAUAAGAGCCUUAAAAGAAAGAGGACGGGGCUGGGAAUAUAGAGGUAUAAGGAAGAAACAAGAGGGGGGAAAGAAUCAAACAUGUUGCCUUCCCAAGAAGCCUCCAAGAUCUACCAUGACAAUUAUAUGCGCAACUCCCGGGCCAUCGGGGUGCUGUGGGCCAUCUUCACCAUCUGCUUCGCCAUCGUCAACGUGGUGGUGUUCAUCCAGCCCUACUGGAUCGGCGACAGCGUCAACACGCCGCAGGCCGGCUACUUCGGCCUCUUCCACUACUGCGUGGGCACCGGGCCGUCGCCCAGUCGGGAGCUCAACUGCGUGGGCAGCUUCUCCGACUUCAGCUCCAUCCCGUCCGGAGCCUUCAAGGCAGCCUCGGUGUUCGUGCUGCUGUCCAUGGUGCUGAUCCUCAGCUGCAUCGCCUGCAUGGCGCUCUUCUUCUUCUGCAACACCUCCACCGUUUACAAGACCUGCGCGUGGAUGCAGCUGCUGUGUGGAGUGUGCCUGGUGCUGGGUUGCAUGAUCUUCCCCGACGGGUGGGACGCCGAGGUGAUCCGGGACAUGUGCGGUGAGCAGACGGGGAAAUACUCCCUGGGCGAUUGCUCUGUACGCUGGGCCUACAUGCUGGCCAUCAUGGGCAUCCUGGAUGCCCUCAUCCUCUCCUUCCUGGCCUUCGUCCUGGGAAACAGGCAGACAGACUUCUAUCUCGAUGAUCUGCAGACAGACAACAAAGAUUUCGCCGUGUCGAGGAUUGAGGUCCGGGACAGAAGAGAGCCACGGUACGGAGUGCAGCGUCUUCACUGAGGGCAAUGACGCAGCACUGGAUGACAACUCUUCUCCUCUCUCAUCCAUCUAUUUCUCUUCCUUUCCUCUCUCCUCUCCUCUCUCCAAUGAUCAGGAUUACUAUCGCCCAAUCUCAAUGCAGACACCAAGUGUACAGGAUUCUGUAAGAUAACAAAAAAGAAAAAAAUAACAGCAAAAACUAAACACACUGGGAUAAACUAUAUUUUGAAGAGAAAAAAAAAUGGCUGUACAGUGCAUUUAUCACUUUGACUUUCUCAAUGAAUACCUUUAUGAUGAUGAUGGAAAAAACCCACACAUUAAUGUAUUUAAAGCCUUGACUUAAGAUGAAGAACCAUAAUGUCCACGUAUAAUUUGACAAUUAUUUAUUUAGAAAUCGUGCUAUUUAAUGACUUUCGGUUUCCGUGUUUUUGUGCGCAUUCGUCAGUGCUCUCUCGCAGCGAGUCCAUGAUUUCCCGUUGAUAAACGUUUUAUAGUGGGACCUGUAUGGCUCUUCAUCUAAGGACUUUUCAAAUAUGAGGAACUUUAACUUAAAGGAGCCCCGCCCUCCGCCCCCCCCAUUGCAGCUUUACAGAACCUAACAUCUCUGGGAGAUUCUCUACUGUACAUACUGAACCAUGUAAAUAACAUUACUGCUGACAAAAACAGCUGACGACAAAACCUCAUCUGACUCUAAUGCAUUCGAGUAUAGUAUUUCUACUCCCCUGUAUCAGUGUUCCUUGUGCUGGGAGAGCAUUGAAGUGUUGUGCAAAUCCAUUGUGUCUAUACAAGUCCUCACUACACCGAUUUGGUGGGAUUAGACAGAUGGGAAUAGAUGAACGGAUAUCCUCGCUGGGUAGUCGUCCAUACAAACGCAGAGCACCACCAAUCCGAGCGAUUGUGUUUUGUUUGAACACGAUUAUUUGACACAGACAAAGAAAAAAGAUUCUUCCUCUGCAUCAGCAUGGCCUCAAAAACAAACACUUAACUGCAGUGCCCCCACCCCCGCUAGACACCAGUAGAGAUUUAAUUGCUGAACUGAACCGCAGUUGUCCAAGAAAGACUACGAAGUCUGAGUUCUCUACUUUGUUAUACCCUUUUUCCAGUGUGAAGUUUACUCCAGUUCCAGCAUACAGUGAUCAGUUUACGCUACAAAGUGUCAUAGGACUGUGUGAUUUGACCUUCUCUCAGAGGGACGCCCCAAGUGCUGCACUUAAGGUGAUGUCACUAAUAUGCCUCUUUGCUGCUCGCAGUAGUCAUAGGAAUCAUACAGGACGUGGGAAAGAAGUUACAACAACAACAACAACAACAACAAACCACACCCCUGAUAGUAAAACAGUCCUAAAAUGUAUUCAUAAGGUCACAGUUCAUCUUGUAGUGCGCCGGGUUCGAGGAUUCAAAUAGAUUUUCUAAGGAUAUUUUCAAUGGAGAAAUAAACGGGGAAUUCAGUUCCACAACGUGUAAAAGUGGCCAGUCACUGUUACGCUCUAUGAGUCCGUGGAUUAUACUGUGACAUGGUGUCCUGCGAUUUAAGUCUUACGACUACAUGAGAGAGAUUUUUAUUGCCUUCAUGGGCAGAGGCUGCAUAGGUCGUGGCCCCGCACACGCCGCCCCCACAUGAAAGCGGCACAAUCCAAACACAGUGCAAGAACAUUUGUGAAAUGUGCUUUUUCUUUCCCGGUGAGGUUUGACAUAUAUGUAUGUUCAACAGCAGAAACCUUUUUUUUUUAUUUCAGGUAGUCUUGUAUUUUAUAUAAUACAAUUAAACCCACUAAAUGGACCCAAAACAAAGCCACUGUCGCUUUAGUGGAGCAGCUCCGUACUGAAAUAAAAAAAAGGGGGAAAGGUUUGAUCGGAAAUAAAGAUGCUUUAAA